AUGGAAGAUUAUGAAAAAGAUAAACAAUUUCUAGAUAUGUCUUUUAAACCAUAUUUAGUUAAUGAGAAAAAAACAAAUUUAGUAAAUCUUAAAAAAGUCAAUGCAUCAAAAGCGGCUAGUAUUUUAAUUUUAUUACAAUAUAAAGAUGGUGAUUGGCAUGUACUAUUGACAGUAAGAUCUGUCCAUCUGCGCCGUCAUCCCGGAGAAGUAGCUUUUCCCGGUGGUAUGGUUGACAAAGAAGAUUUAAAUGAUCCCGUUAAGACGGCUUUAAGAGAAGGAAUUGAAGAAAUAGGACUAGAAAUUAAUAAAAUUGAUAUCAUAGGACAAUUACCAUGGGUAAGAACUAGAUAUAAUAUCAUAAUACAUCCAAUAAUUGGAAUAAUUAAAGAAAACUUAAUAUUAAGACUUAAUAAAGAUGAAGUAUCGCAGUAUUUUACCUGUCCACUAAGUAUAUUUCUAAAAAAUGAUAUAUAUACAACAUUUAAUUUUAAUAACUUUCAAUUUCAUUCAUUCCAAUAUAAAGAAUAUAAUAUUUAUGGAAUAACAGCAUGGAUUUUGAUAAAAAUUGCAAUGAUAAUCUAUAACAAGAAACCUCAAUUUAAUUUAAUAAAGUUUUAG